AUGAGUCUAAUACAAAUAGGGCAACCAUUCUAUGAAUGGAAGACCCGCCAGGGAUUAAUUUUGGUUACACAAUCCGGCCAAUUAAUUAACCAAGAUCCGAUCAAAAAAAUUGUAACAUCAGUUAAUAUUUAUAACAAACUAUCGUACACAUUUGAGUUCAACCAGCUGCAAUGCAAGCAUCUGGACAUAUCCCCCUGUGAAAAUUAUCUCGCCUAUUGGCUUGAAACAGAUAAAAGUAUUUUUGUUGCAAUUACAGAUGCCCCUGGCGGCGGCGAUAGGACUAUAAAUUUGAGCCUAAGGAUACCGUCAAAUUCGCAGAUAUUCCAGCUUUUUUGGACAAGAAAUCAUAUAUGUGAUGAACCUCUGCUACUAAUAGUGACAAACAGUUCAUUGGAACUGUUUGCACUAUGCGAUGAUAUGACUAUGCGAACAAUUAAAAGGCUAUCCAUAUCUUGUCUAUAUUGCUGGGGAAAUAAUAUCGCAGGCUGUGUAUUACUACUCACAAGUAAUACUGGGUCAUCCGCUGUUUUACGACCUUACCGUCUUGUAAACAAGACAAUUGAGGUUCUAGAUGCACUGGAAAUUGAAAUGCCCAAUACAGAUCCAAUUCAACAGGAUGACAUAGAACUGCUGUUCAUAUACGGCAAAGUUUACUGCGUGCAUAAAUAUGUCAAGGGGGGGAUUAUAUCAUUGAGACCGUUGGGUAUUAGAUCUUUGGAACCAGAUAUCGUAUUGUCAGUUAGUGGAAAUGGGAAGGUUGAAAUUUGUCUAAUAGACAACUUAUUGUUAUUGAUCGACUCCCACUUAACAGCCACUGUGUAUGACGUAGGAUUUAGCGAUGAGUCUCUGCAAAAAAUAUUUACUACUCAUAUACAAGUUCCUUGGCUAAAGUUACAUGAAAAUGAGGCAAUUGACGACAUGAGUGAUUGUAAUACUAAUUGUUCACAAGAGUUUGAAUUUGAGCUGGAAGGAAUCUCAUUCCAUUUGCCUGCAAUUUUUAUAAGUUUGGACGAGGGGACCGCUAGGCCAGUGGAGAUUAAUUGGUCAAGGGUCGAGAAGCACAUGGACAGCGAAUUCACCCCAAUCUCUUGCAUCAAUUUCUAUCAACGUAGACUUUCAAGAAAGGCCGAAAUGAUCAAUUUAUUGUAUAAACUAGUGGAUAAUGGAUACGAAACGACAGAAUUAUGCAAUGUAUUUAACAUUAUUUCUAGGGCCUACAGAUCUACGGUACAAAGCGCUCGGGAGAGCCUUUCAAAGGACACUGAAUGUAAAUUUGUUGAUGGAAUUAGACUUUGGGCAGUUCCUGCAGAUAUGCUUAAGAAAUUUAUCGGCGAAUCUUCAAUUUUAACUGAAACUGAUAUUCUUAAUGAGCUAUUUUACAAGAUAUUAAAUAUAACUAAUAACGAUUCAGCUACACAUAUUGUUCUCAAAGAUAAAUGCAAAGCACAAAAGGUUCUAAUGCCAUUACUUUGUUACCUUAAAAGCUUAGCUUCAGUAUCUGUGGCCCCCUCGCCUUGCUUAAAUGGCCUGCUGUUCGAUCUCUGCCUAUGCACAGGUAAAUUUAACACGUUAAGAUCUUUUUUGGUAAAUGGUGUUAUCUUGCCCUCGAAAAUAGUGCUGAAUCGCAUAACAAAAUUUGAGACUGAAUACCCUGAUCAGCGCUGGAUCAAGCAAAUUCACAUGGAUAUGGAUAUUACCAUGAAAAAUUGGAACAGCGUCGUGCAAUCACUAUUACACAACAAGGAAUAUUUGUUAGCACUUGAUAUAUUGUGGAAAAAUAAGGUUGUAGAGUAUCCCCUGUACAAAAUAUUAAGUGCUGCAGCUACUGAUGUUAAAUCGCAGGAGUGCAAUCCUAGACUUUGGUGCAAUUUGCUAAAUAAAGUAAUUAAAUGGGCAAACAUUGAGAGUACACCAAACCUUGAGAAAUGCUCCAUGUGGCUGCCCAUGUUGAAGGACAAGAUAUCAGAGGCGAACGACGUGAGCCUAGAUUUAUAA